GAUGCAUAUUUGUAUCUACUACCCAUGAAUAGAUUUCUGACACUGUCAAUCAAAAGGAAUGAUUUUCUAUUGUCAUUCGCUAGCCUACUUAAUCGAGUGACCAGUGAGUCAAGUCAUCCUCGGAGCCUUUUUCAUGACCAUUGACAUAUUUCAUAAAUAAUGUCCCAGAUUUCUCGAUAACAAGGUGACAUAGCGGACUGGUUGACGCGCUGACGAUGGCCCCGGGGGAGCCUGGCUUGGGGUCCCGUUGACAAGAUGAGAGAGGACGCGGCUUGCUCAAAGUGAGCGUGAGACCUGCAGAAGGAGGAGCAAGAGGAGAAAGCAAGUACGGCGCGAAGAGGCGAACAUAUCAGCAGCCGCAGUCGGCCGAGCAUCGCUCUGAAUGAAACGAACACUGUGACAGGUCCGACACGAUGAUGAGCAGGUGUGACACCCUCCCUCCCCUGAACCCCGGUGAGGAGCUGACGGAAGAGGAAAAGCAGAUCAUCAACGACGUGUUGGCCCGCGCUGCCAAGAUAGACGCCAUGGAGCAGCAACGUAUACAUCUCCUGUCCAUCCGUCUGGAGGACGCUCAGAGGACGGCGUGCGGGGACGGACGCUCAGCCUGUCUGCUUUGUGGCGCCGCAUUUGGGGGCGGCGGCGUCACGGCCUCCCUUUGCGUCCGCUGCAGGAAACAAGUGUGCAGCGAUUGUGCGGCCCAAAGUAGCUCGACGUCAUCGUGCUUGUGUUCCAUCUGCAAACAACAUCUAGAAGUGCAGAAGCGUUCCGGAGCUUGGUUCUUCAAGGGCCGAGCCCCCCACCUCCUUCCUGACCCGUUGCCGCUAGCCCAACCGCCACUCACUGGCCCGGGAGCCACCGAUGCAACCGUAGAGGUGCCGCUACCUCAUCAGACUGAAGAACAAUGUCCUCCUCCGUCGAUGAUGUCGGGUGAAGCCCAAAGCGCCACGAGGCCACCGGCCGCCGCUCAGGAGGAAAAAAAGGAAGCAGCAGCUGCCACGCUCCCGGCCUCAAGCGCAAGCAGAAUACCGGCCGCCGCUCAGGAGGAAAAAAAGGAAGCAGCGGCUGCCACGCUCCCGGCCUCAAUCGCAAGCAGAACGGAGCCCCGUCUUUUCGCCAAACCCCCCGCAAAUGACGACGACGACGAAGAAGACUCAGACGAUGCAACCACGCUGGGAUGUUUAGAAUUCAGUCUGCUCUAUGAGCAAGAGCGCCACCAACUGCAGUGUUGCGUCAUCAAGGCCAAGGGCUUAAAGCCGAUGGAUUCCAAUGGCCUAUCGGACCCUUACGUCAAAUUACACCUGCUUCCGGGUGCUAGUAAGUCCAACAAGCUUCGCACGAAGACACUGAAGAACACUCUGAAUCCGACUUGGAACGAGACUCUGGUCUACCAUGGCAUCACCGAUGACGAAAUGUCCCGAAAAACCUUACGGCUAUCGGUCAGCGACGAGGACAAGUUCGGACACAACGAGUUCAUUGGGGAGACGCGAGUGGCGCUCAAGAAACUCAAGUUCAACCAGAAGAAAAAAUUUAACGUGUGCUUGGAGAGAGUCGUUCCGGUGAAAAAAGUUGUUGGAGGUCAAUCUCGAGGAAUGGCGCUCUAUGAGGAUGACGUAGACGAGGGCGAGGACUGUGAGGAACGAGGUCGCAUCCUGCUGUCUCUGAGGUACGACAGCAAGCAGGGUCGUCUGAUUGUGGGCGUUGUCCGAUGUGCCCACCUCGCCUCCAUGGACGCCAAUGGAUACUCGGACCCCUUUGUCAAAGUGUGUCUGAAGCCUGACAUGGGAAAGAAAGGCAAGAACAAGACACAGAUUAAGAAGAAAACGCUCAAUCCAGAGUUCCAGGAGGAGUUCAGUUAUGAGAUCAAGCACGGUGAGCUGGCUAAGAAAACUCUGGACAUUUCUGUGUGGGAUUACGACAUGGGCAAAUCCAACGAUUUCAUCGGCGGCUGCCAGCUGGGCAUCCAGGCUCAAGGCGAGUGUCUGAAGCACUGGUACGAAUGUCUGAAGAACAAAGACAAGAAGAUUGAACGCUGGCAUCUUCUCCUCAACGACAACAGCAGCGGACGCUUUGACGACUGAAAAUGACACUCAGCUCAACCCUGGUCCACUCUACGCUCUCGUCUUCCCGUCGCCGUUUUAUGUUUGCCUCCACCAGGGAAUGGCCUCGGCCUCACAUGACCGGUUCCAUCAGGUGUUCAGUGGUCUUGAUGCAUGUUGUCUUGUGAGGAAUAAACAAUCAUGCACCUGAA